CUCGAAUAUUUAUAUAUUUUAUUAAAAUGAAACAAAGCGUUAUUUUCGAAAGUUGUUUCAAAAUAGUGGUGCUACUUACUAUGGUUAGCCCUUGAAUGUGAGCUGAUGGAAAGUGAUCAUCAGACAUCGAUAAGCUUAACGGAGCCUACAUCCAUCAGUACAUUUACCAAGGAGACACUAACAGGCUAAGUAGUAACAUCAUCAUAUCCUCCAACGGGCUACAUACAUAUGGAAGUGAUGAAGGAUCCGUAAAUGCAGUGACUCCCACUGAUUUCUCGAACACGGUCUUUUAUAAAAGGACCCAAGACCUAGAACUAGUCUGGAGCAGACAGUAUAAUAUUGUGGUGGAGCCUGGAGCAAUGGAUCUCGGAAACUCUGACACCAUUUAUUUCACGAAGUACUCUUCAUCAGAUUGUUAUGUAGGCAAACUGUCAUCCUCGGAUGGCUCAAUAUUAGCUUACUCACAACUCGACUCAGCUGUGAAGUCAUGAAACUUCAUUGCUGUAUCCAAAGAUGAGAAUUACGUAUAUGUUGGAUCUAACAAUAAUGGAGACCCAAAUUAUAUAAUUGAGCUAACAUCAAGCACCCUCUCAUUUUCGUUUGCAAUGGACCAAAGCACAAGCAUCCUUUUUGAUUUGAAUGCAAUAACUUUGGGAGGAAACUCCAGAAGUCUAUUUACAAUCAGUCAUCACGGCACUGAAAAUACUGUGUUCUCAACUCUAACAUUUCCAUCAACAAGCGUAGUGAAUGCAAAGAAAUUUAGCUGAACCGUAUGAUCUACAUCCCCCUCAGCUAAAACUUAUUUAACAUCUGAGAACAUAGCAUACAUCAACUUUAUCAACGAGGCUCGUGAGUUAUUCUUUGUGAUCGAUCUAUCAUCUAUGGCUCUUAAUCAUGCAUUUUCCCAAGCAUCUGCUCAAACUAGUGCACAGGUCACAUCUAUUGGCAUUUUAAGCGAAGUUUCUAAAAUUUUCAUGACCAGUUACCACUCUCUCGGGACUAUACUAAGAUUUUUUGAUAUGAAUACAAAUACGUUUUCUCAGGCAUAUUCAACUGUGGGCAAGUCUUUGCUGAGCGGAACAAGUUAUGGAGGAUUCAUCUAUAUUGGGAAUCAGCAAGCUGGAAAUAACGCUGUGCUUAAUAAACUCAAUUACAAUGACGAAAUUAUCAAAUCAGUUCUUAUCCAACCGGCAGUUGUAGAUUUAGCUGUAGAUGGAACACUGUCAUUAGGAAGUCCGUCGAUAACUGUGAAUGACCAAAGCUCAGGAAGAACUUCUACUGUAUCGUCAAUAACUUCCUCAAUACCAACCAUCAAUUACAUGAGCCAACAGACUCUUCCGUUAAACUACAAUGCAGGUUCUUUUGUGAAAGUGUAUGCUUCUCAGAAUACAGUGUCAUCAAUUAAAAUAAACAUGCCUUGCAUCUCAGAUAAUUCGAUUGGAGGUAUCGCGACUGGGAUGACUAGUUAUUUCAACGGUAGUUUAUCUCCAAUAUGGGUCGUCUCUAACCCAGAUCUUUCAGGACUGAUAGUCACUGCUCCAAUAGUAUUUCCAGCAGAUGAAGUCAGCCAUUACAUCGGCAUCAACUUUGUUUAUUCAGGAAACACAUACACUCAAUACAAUGAGUUAGUGAUUCACCAAUGCUAUGUCUCUAAUUGUGAGAGAUGAGAGUACAACACAAAGUACACGAAAUGAACAGCCUGUAGGCCAGGCCACGCUCUUUCUCUUGAUGAAACAAGAUGCGAUCAAGAGUUCCUCCCAGUCCAACCCUUAAGUUUAGCAACUCAGGGAUUUAUUGGAGUUGGAGUCGGGGCAGGAGCUACUUCUUCUCUUACUUCUACAGCUUCUUCAGCUCAAGGAUUUUGGGCUCUGAUAAAUCAGUAUCAACUAUAUCUUCUAUUUCCGUUCCUUAAAAUAUACAUGCCUUCUGACUUGGAGUAUUAUCUCACAGAAUUUGAGAUAUUCAGUUUUAAUUUUGGAUUUAUUGACGUGGUAGAGGUUCCUUAUAUUAAUGAUCUCAUCGAAAAGCUUGAUUAUAGCCAGAAUAGCGAAAUAUACAGCAACAAUGGAUAUAGUUCUGGUGCUUUUGCUGUCAAUUACACUAGCAUGUUCACAGCUCUCUUCAUUGUGUUCAUCUGAAACAUAAUUUUCAUUCUGUUCUAUGCUAUCUUUUCGAAAGCAAGAAAAGGAGGAAGAUGUAAAUAAAAUAUUUGACUGGUUCACAGGUUUCUUCUACCUCACAACAUACAUUAGGACUGUCAUCGAAGCAAGUCAGUUUGCAUUUAUGGGAGCUCUUUUGGAAGCGACUACAUUUGAUUCCUUUAAUGAUCACACAGUGUCAUACUUGAUUUCACUGGUAUUCACAGUCUUCAUGAUUACAAUGCCCGUUCUUGUGUAUCUGUACUAUCGGAAGAAAAAUGGCCAAGUCGGAGAAACUCUCUUCAACGAAUUUUAUGAUGGGACUAAAGAUAAGAAAAUUGCUAAGCUUUUCAUCAUCUUUUUCUUCAUAAGAAGAUUUACGACGGUUGGAGUUCUUGUGUGUCUCAGAAAUACCAACGGUAUUCUUAGAUGAGCUAUCUUCGUGCCUAUCCAGCUAGCAUACUUGGUUUAUUUUGUGACUGUGAAGCCUUUCGAAGACAACAAAGAUAACAUCAUUGAGAUCUUGAACGAGUCGAUAUUCUCAGCCUUGUCAAUAUUCCUAUCCAUUUUCCAAGAUGAAUCAAUGUGGGUAGAUGGAAUGAGUUCAGCUGUCAUCAUAUUGGUAAUGGCCAAUGGGUUCUUGAUUUCUAUUGUGUUGAUCGUCAACAAUAUUAUCGGCAUUGUCAAAUGGUGAAAAGAGAGAAAAAGUAAAAAGAAAGUUUUAGUUGAAGAUACCUCUGUUAAAGUUAAAGUUGGAAAUCCCCAAAACAGUUUUGAUAAAGCUUCCUUGCACAGAUCAUCUAGUCGCAACAACUCAGAUGAGAAAGUAAAUAUUUAUACCAACAAAGAUUUUUUAAAAGAAGAAACAAAGCAAGAAGUUAACUUGAGCGAAAUGAGUAAGAACAGAUUAGGAGAUGACAAGAAAGUCUAAGAAAUAGAAAACAGUUAAUCUUUUAAAAAGUCCAAAAAUUUCUGAGGAAAUUAAAAUCUUCAAAAAUUUCUGAUAAUUAUUCAAAAAUGUGUUAUUUCAAAUAUAGAAUAAGCUUUCCAUUUUUAGAAGUAAUCCAAAAUCUCUAGUUACUUCUAACAUAGUUUACUAGUCUCCUUUAGCUUACACAGACAACAGCAUUGGCCAUUGCGAUCCUUCUGGGAUAAGAACGUGAAAUAUCUUAGAAAAGGUGCUCCAUUAUGUUAAAAUAGCAAUGGGACGUAUUAAGUGAAACUGUAAAUAUUG